CAGUAGGUCAUGUGCUCUUUAAUUGCCUUCUUUGACCUUUGUUUACAGCCAGCAUGACUAUCUGCUGUAUAUCUCUCACUAUCUGCUUUUUUAUAAUCCACUGUCUCCUCCUGUUCUCUGUCCUCUGAGGUGCGACUUCUUUUAUUUCUUGGCAGUGCCUCCCACAGAGCAUUAAUCAUCGCACACUGAUUGCAAAACGUAUGUAAGAGGCUCUGACACGACUGUGAACCAGCACAGCCGAGUUGCGUCUUCACCACAUCCCUUAAUCAUUAAUACGAUUAUACAGUCGGGGGGGAAUUUCUUGCGCUGAGCGGAGGCGAUGUCUCAUGAUGCUGAGAUGCAAGCUUUAUUGGCCUUUAUCACUCCAGGCUAUUUUGUAAAGAGACCACACACACAAAGGCUUCACUAUUCCGAGGCUAUGAAUCCUGCUUAUGUGCAACUCCAGAUGAUAAAUGUAAAAGAAAAAAAUGUACGUCUCAUUUUCCUACAGAGUGAACAAAACAGCCUCAGGAUAUAACAUCAUAAAGUUGGAUCAAUAAUCCUGAACAAAAUAAACUAAACGGUCAUCUGACUGGUAGGAGUGUAAAGAUAGAUAGAAGAUGCACCUUUAUUUUGAAAUUCCCAUGGCGCUUCAUGACACAGUUCUAUGCAGUGUUUUGUUUUUAUGAAAAACAAUAGAUUGUUUUACAUUUAAAUGUCCGGAGCCACUGAUGAAAUAAUAUUUCCACUGAAGAGUUCAGUAAUAAAACUGUCAAGUCAUAUUUUACUUGUUUUUGUUUUUUUUGUGAGUGGAUAUAAAUUUAACUUUCGAAAAGAAAUCCUAUCAUGAUAUCGGUAAAUAUCAUAUCAUUGUCCAUCGAUAUAAUAUUGUAUAGCUGUCCAAAGAAUCGAUAUCAUAUCUUAUCGUUGUCUAAGAGUUGUUAAAUGUGUCUUUGUCCAAAGAAUCGAUAUAAUAUUGUAUAGCUGUCUAAAAAAUAAAUAUCAUAUCGUAUCAUUGUCUAAGAAUUUGAUAUAAUAUCGCAUUAUUGUCUUAAAAUCGAUAUAAUAUCGUAUCGUGAUGAAACUUGCAUGCUAUACAAACAUACAUACUACAUUUACACAUGAGUUUGAGGUAUUUAUACUCAAGGAAACAUAUUUUUCACAUGCAGAUUCGGAUAUUUCAUUCUAAAUGUGAUGCACAGUUAUAGAUAAUACAGUAUAAGUGUUUAUAAAGUGGCUCCGUCGCUGUAGUAACUUGUGCAUCCUGAGCUGGUGAACAUGGGGUUAAGUUUUCCUCCUCUGCCGGGCGUUGAUCCUUCAUAAUGGGAUGUGCCACCGAGUCGCUCUGCUGGUCUCCGCCACAGCAGGUCAACAUAUUCAGCGGGAGAGGCGGGCCUAUGUGCGGGGCCGAGGAGCUGCGGGCUCAGCGCUGCUCAGUGGUCGUGAUUUCCAUCGAUGCGGCGUCGAGCUGACACACAGACAUGGUGACACGUGGAUUUUCGCGGGUGAGAGGACACACCGGCCACCGGGUGGAUUAAAAACUUGCGUGUGUGUGUCGACGUCCCGGACUGCUCUGCUCCCUGAUUCCCCGGUCCGGGACCCGGCGAUGCGCUCUUUAAAGGAAACGGGUUUCGCAGAGACAUCCGGGAAAACGCAUCCAUGCGCCACGGACACUCCGCAUCCCGAUAUGCCUCUGACAUCACAAAGCCUGGUUUCAGGGAGCCUCCGGUAAGAAACCGGCAUGGGUGCGUCAACACGGUUAUUUGGCUUUAUUACGCGGACGAGGCUUCGGAGCGCAGUUGUGCAAUGAGACAAUCGGGAAUCAUCAAGUAGACUUUAUUGAUACAGAAUCCGACAAUAUGGCUGAUCAGAGCAACAUCCAGUCCGCCGCCUCCAAGAGUAUCCGGCCUUUUAAAUCCAGCGAGGAGUACCUGUACGCCAUGAAGGAGGAUCUGGCGGAAUGGCUGAACACCCUCUACGACCUAGAUCUGACUGCGGACACCUUUAUGGACGGGCUGGGUUCGGGCUGUGCCCUGUGUCGGCACGCCAACAACGUGAACCGCGCCGCGCAGGACUUCCAGCUGGAGUACCCGGAGGCUGCACAGUCCAUGAAGGUGCCUUCCAAAGAUGUGGUCUUCCAGUCGCGCAACGUGAUCCCGGGCUCGUUCCUGGCGCGGGACAACGUGUCCAAUUUCAUCAGCUGGUGCAGGCAGGAGCUCUGGAUCAAGGACGUGCUCAUGUUCGAGACCAACGACCUGGUGGAGAGAUGCAACGAGAAGAAUUUCGUGCUGUGCCUCCUCGAGGUGGCCCGGCGCGGCUCCAAGUUUGGCAUGUUGGCCCCCAUGUUGAUCCAGCUGGAGGAGGAGAUCGAGGAGGAGAUCCGGGACCAGGAGAGCCUGCGGAUCGAUGACGGGGAACCGGCUGAGCAGAGCCCACCCAGCAGGUGCUUCAGCCGGAAAGAGAGCAGCAGUAAGAGCGUGGAGCAUCAGGACGUGGAUGAACCGGAUCCAGAGCCCUUCAUCUGGCCCCAGAAGAGAGUUUUAUGUGACAUGCGAAAUCUGGACGAGUUGGUGCGUGAGAUUCUGGGCCGGUGUUCCUGUCCGGCUCAGUUUCCAAUGAUCAAGGUGUCGGAGGGGAAGUACAAAGUGGGAGACUCCAGCGCGUUGAUCUUCAUCAGGGUCCUUCGUACUCAUGUGAUGGUGCGUGUCGGAGGGGGCUGGGACACAUUGGAGCACUAUUUGGACAAGCACGACCCGUGUCGCUGCGCCGCUUUCGCCCACCGGUACCACCAGGCUAAAGCCAGCGGUCAAGGUCAGGGAGGCCAGAGCAAGUCGUCCAGCGCCCACUCCUCCCGCUCCACCAGCCCAGGUCCACACUGGCGAAAUGAUGGCAUCGCCCCGUACAAACCUCCUGACAGGCGCUCGAUGGAUGCCCCCUCUGCUCCGUGUGCCGCCGCCUCCUCCUCCUCCUCCUCCGCCUCCACACGGCCCGGCCGCUCUCGGAACCCUUCCGGUUCCACCGAGCCCGACUGCGGCGCGGCGCGUACUCUGCUCCCACGGCCGCCACGAGACCGCUCAGAACCCCGCCACUUUAAUCCUCUCAGGAAUAAGGAGACAAAGUUACCACUGACAAGACGUCUGUCUGGAGACAGCGACUCCUCUACAGCCUCCUCGAAGGGAGGCGGAGGAGGAGGAGGAGGAGGAGGAGGGCGGUACUCUCUUGGUGGUGCCUCACGCCGCUCUGGUGAGGAGGUCGUCCUGAUGGUUAACCGAAAGGAGGGGAGGCAUAUGAUCGAGAGGCCCGGUGGUGGUAAUCAGACACCUUCCCUGCGGCCCUCACUGCCUCGUGCACGCAGCCAGUCUCGGGAGCGUCCGGGUACACUCGCUCCGAUACUCAAACCCAACCCACCGCAGGGAUCCUCUGAUGGGUCGCGGACAUCCCGCACAGAGAGGGGCCGCUCCAUCGGAAACGAGGGCCCGAGGAGGCUCCAUGCUCCACGUUCCCACAGCCAGAGUAAGUUAUCGAGCCGCACGCGGUCAAGUGACGCCAGCCCGGGACCUGCAUCCAGCUUCAGAGACCCUCAACCCCCACCCGCGGACAGACGAGAGGACCUUCGGGCCAAACAGAUGCCCCCGUCCUCUCCCAGAUUAGGUGGUGGGUUCAGCAAGAGGCAGUCGUCCUCGUGCUCUAACUCACCAGUUAAAGGUAUCCAGAACAACAACAGCAGCCCCAGCAAGAAGACGAUAACCACUCCCAGACCUCCGGCCCCUCGCUCACCCUCCGUGGGGAAAGGUAGACUACUCCCACCAGUCACAGGAGGUCGACGUUCACCGCACUCCUCGCCCCGCAACUCCCAUCAUCAUGCUGCACGCUCCUCUAGGACAUUACAGGGCGCCCGCUCCGCUGGGCGGGGCCACCACAGGAACUGGACUGGCCUGGAGCGCCAGGAGCCAGAGGAGGAGGAGGGAGGCCUCGGCUUCCAGAUGCUGCCAUCGCUAGAUCCCCAGAAGGAGCAGGACCUGUAUCGCAGCUUCGAGGCUGAGUUUCUGGCCAACACGCAGCAGGUUAGAGUGGUGUCAUGCAGAGCCCCAGGAGCAGCGACCCUGCAGGGAGCUGGGACACAUUCACUGCCAGCACCCACUGACGCUAACGUCACCGACUCUGCUUAUUCUUCUUCUAACUCCUCGUCCUCCUCCCUGAACGUGGGCGCAAAGAUAGGAACUCUGCCUGACCUCAGGGAAUCCAAGAGAACUAACGCCCGUCCCUUCUCGAUGGACGACCCCUUAAAUUUACUUUAUGGACACAAUUUUGGAGGACCACACAACUUCGGUGACGGAGAGCCGGAGCACUGGGGGGAGCGUGGAGGAGGUCUCAAGAAGCUCCCGGCCAUCUCCAGCUCCAUGGAGGAGAGGGAGCUCCCAUCUUCUCUGCCUGGUCUUAGAGACACAGAGUCAGACAGCUUGAUGAAUCAGGUCCCCUCACAACCUGCAUUCCACUGUAGGAAUAUGAACGGAGACCAUGGAGGUUUUUCUCCCACAGGGGGGCUGACAGGUCAGCAGGGUCAGCUCGGCUGGGGCACAGGGCCUGAAGGAGACGUUCCUCUGGAGAAUCACCAGCCAAACUUACCGUAUGACCUAGAAAAUGGUGAUGGCAGCGAUGACCUCCCGCCUCCUGAGGCUUGUCCUUCACCUGUGGCCCUUCCCCCCUCCGAGGACUGCUCCUUCCAGGACUCCUCCAGUGAAACCUCUUCCAUGUGCUUCAGCCUGAGCGAAUCCCGCUCCGAUUCCCCUCCGCCAUCUUCAACCAUGGCCAACGGGGACACCGAUGGAGAGCAGUCUAAGAAAGGGCAGAAGAAGGGGGACGGGGUCGGGCCUAUCUCAAAGCACAAACUGAGAAGCAGGAUGAGGCCUCGCAUCGACAACAGGCCAGAGAACAGCCCAUCACGCAUCCCGACCCCGGUCAGCUACAGAGAUCUGCAGGCUCACGACACGCUCUCCCCGUGCCACACGCCGCCGCCGCUGUCCCCCCAGAGCUCGCACUCAACCGGUCGUCCAGCCACAUGUAAAAGCCUUCAUCAGGCCUUCGCAGACAUGAUCCAUCCUCAGCCACGUUCCCCGGCCAUGGGCAACAAAGACUGCUCGUACCCUGGACAGUCAGGGAGCCUGGACACUGAAGCUUGGAUGUAGCACAAGUGACACGAGGGAGGGGGGGGAGAUGUUGUCAUGAACUCUGACUACUGUGUAAAAAAAAAAAAAAAAGACUUCUUCAGACUGGGCUAUAGACUGUUUUCACUGCAUGUCUAACACUCCUUCUUUUUCACUUAGUUUCUCCCCCCUGAGCUGCUGCACGGGGGGACUUCGCGUUGCUUUUAUUUUGCACUCAAGCCAAAUUAUUUAUUACCAAAGGAAUGGUCUUUUAAUAUUUACUUUUAUUGUAAUUUUAACAUGUGCAUGGGGAUGCUUCUGCCAAUCAUAAGGUGUUCUUCUUCUUUUUUUUUUUCCACUGGUCGAUACAGAAACACAGAAAGAGAGAGAGAGAGAGAGAGAGAGAGAGCAUAUGUGCUCCAGGUGCUCCUGUAGAGGAGUGGUGGUGAAGUGCCAGGGAUUUAAAGCUGCAUCUUUCCAUAAACAGUGUAAACACUAAACCUUUAGUCUCACGGAUUAGCUCCCUCUUGUGGUUCGCCUCAGCAUCUCUGCUUGCCUUGAUAAGUCAAAAUACUGGUCUGACUGUGAUAUCGUCACCCUCUCAUCAUACUCACACUUACAAUAUACUAAUAGGAAACAUAGACGAAAGGUUCCCCCCAUCGUCUUUAUUCUGACUUUUCUGAACGUUAACAAGCAACUACCCAUCUCUGUACAGUCGUCCGCUGUUAUUAACGUCUGUGUUCACCCUCUCACGACAGUCGAUGUGGUCCAAAUAGAUGAUGUUUGCUUUUAAAUGCUUAAUGUGUUAACGCGUUUUCAACUUUGUGUUCGAUGCAGUCGAGAAAUGUUAACUUUAUUUCUACUUUUAAGUGUAAAAAAAAAAUAAUAAGAGGAGCAGUGAAGGUUGUCGUUGUCACUGAAGCAGAAACACGUUGAGAGCUCUUCCUCGGUCCAACCUGUACGCUGGAACACAGUCAAUUGCUUUUGGUGAAUGAAUGUGUAAAUACCCAUGUGGAUGUGCUCCCUGGUAGAGGCGAGUGUUUUGUACAUAUAUAUUAAGAAAAAAGGCAUUGAAUAUACAGUUUGAUGUACAUAUUCACUGUAAUGAGUUCUGUGCUGCCUUAGCUAUGCAAUAUCGGUGUUGGAAAUGGCCUUGACGAUUCCCUUUUGCCUUAAAGUUUAUUAGCAGGUUAGUUUUUUUGAAUGUUUCUCGCUCACUAAGAUCUAUUCGGUAAAACACUACAUUGCCAUCGUCAACGGUUUAUCGUGAUAGAAAUCUGAGGGGGGUGUUUUUUUGAGCGUGAAUGUGGAAAGAGGAAAUGAGGAACAUUGCCAAUUUGAAUCAUAAAUUAUACUUGAUGUAGGUGCACAUGAUAAGGAUGAUAUAACUCUAAUUUAUUGCCUCUGAAUCCUGUUGAGAUCCAGAUAACCUAGUUAGCAGCGGAUGGAUUUCUGAAGACAUGACACGAUCUGUGGCGACACCUAGUGGCUAAAACAGAGACAUGUUUUAUUCACAGAGUAACAGAAAACAGAAAAAGAUGUUUUCUCAAUGCAGAACCCCCUCUUUUUUUUGUCUCCCUACGUUUUGAACAAGCUGUUCUGGUGCUGAUGACAGCCGAUGAUAAUGUUUUUUUAUAAGGUGAAGUUAGACGGAUGAACAACUGAGACGCUCGACUCCCCAAAAAAUCAUUGGAGUGUGAGCGGCAGUGCAUGAAUAAUAGAUGAAGCAACUGGAUAUGUUCUCUUGUGAGGCUCCUUCACGGUUGUUCGAGAGCUUGAAAAAGGCCAGAGUCCAGCUACUGUUUGUGGUAUUUAACAAGUGUGUAAAUUAUAUUCAGAAGUGGAAACAUGGGAAUUGUAGUGUCGGUGCCCUGCAGACGCCUCAUAACCCUCCAAGAUAGACUGAUACUGAGACUGAGUGGACAGUUUCAGUGAUGAGGAAUCAUGGUUGAGGUGUUUCUGCAGGGCACUGACGCGGUGAAGAGGCUCAGAAAAAGAAAAAGGAGUGUGCAUAUAUGUGUGUACACACUGUUUGAGAAUAUGUACAGAGGUGGAGUGAAGAGGGAUGAGUGAUGUGGGUCUAAUUUAUUUAUUUAUGAAGUGAAGCCUGAUGGGGCUCAAGUGACAUCUGUGUCCUGGUAGCCGAGCUGUAAGUGUUUUAGGGGGGGGACAAAAAUCCAAAUGAGUCGGUGCCCGACGCAAAGAAUCACGUGUUUUCUAAAUAUUAUACUGUCCAGAGACAAAAUGAUGAGUUUGAAAUGUGUCCACUUUAAAAAAAAUAAAAGAUCUCAUCUGAUCUGAUGGACAAAAUUAAGCACAUCUGGGCUGUUUGCAAUUUUCAGAGACACAAUAAUUUGAUUUAAAUACUGAAAUAAUGUAUCAUGUAUCAGUAUUGUCAGCGCUGCAUUGAUCCGACGUGUAGCCGGUGAUCAGUUUCAACUCUAUGAACUGAUUUAUUUUACAUGUAUUCCAAUUGUUUUACAUUCGGAUUUAUUUUUGGCUGAUUUGCAUUUUUGAUCAACUGGUGUUUUAAAAUCUACCAGUGACGUGAACUGUGACUUCAUUCAAUCAAUCACAACAAAACAUAAUCUGCUCUUUUAUCCUGCACAACUUCAAAAACGUCAUGAAACGCUCUUCUUCUUCUUCUUCUUCUUCUUCUUCUUCUUCUUCUUCUUCUUCUUCUUCUUCUUUUCUGUCCCUAAUCGGCGAAAUCUGAAUGUUCAUGAUGAGACAAUUUCUUGUUUGCUAAAUGUUGUUUUCACUAAAAAAAACCCCACCAGUAAAUAUUAAAAACAAAUGUACAGAUUUGCUCGACAUCGUGGAAUUUGUAUGUAUGAAAUAGCAAUACUGCAACAUUUCACUGUUUUUUGAAGUUGAAAAUGCUGUCAGGUUGUUUCUUGUAAUAAAUAUUUUUUUCCUCUGAA